UUUUUUUUUGACAUUUCUUUCUUAUAUCUUAAUAAAAAGUACUUUAAUUAUGUCCUCAUUGAAUUUGAAACACAGUAACAAAGCUUCCUCUUCUCCUGAACCAGAUGACUUUGAUGAUGAAUAUCAUGAAUAUAUACAACGUAUCCAACAUAUUUACAAAAACAAAAUUCAACCUUUGGAAGUAACAUAUAACUUUGAAGGUUUUCAUUCUUCUCCCUUGACACCUUCUGAUAUUGCUGCCAAGCCUAUUGUGUUACUUGUUGGUCAAUACUCCACUGGAAAAACAACAUUUAUCAGGUAUUUACUGGACAAGGCUUACCCUGGUGAACAUAUUGGAGUAGAACCUACGACGGAUCGAUUUGUGGCUGUGAUGCAUGACAAUGAAGAUCGAGUGAUUCCAGGCAAUGCCGCGGCGGUAAAUCAAGAACUUCCGUUUCGAGGACUUAAUCGUUUUGGUCAGGCAUUUUUAUCAAGGUUUCAAGUCUCACAAACAUCAUCUCCAGUGUUGGAAAAUAUGACGAUUAUUGAUACUCCUGGGAUUUUAGCUGGUGACAAACAAACAGUGGAACGUGGUUAUGAUUUUACUCAAGUGAUUCAUUGGUUUGCUCAACGUGCUGAUUUGAUCUUAUUGAUGUUCGAUUCUCACAAGUUGGAUAUCUCGAACGAAUUUAGGAUGGCUAUCGAUAGUCUUCGUGGACAAGAAGAAAAAGUCAGAGUGGUGCUCAACAAAAGUGAUAUGGUCAGUCAACAACAAUUGAUGCGUGUUUAUGGUGCAAUGAUGUGGUCCCUAGGCAAAGUAGUGCAAACCCCUGAAGUCAUGCGUGUGUUUUUAGGUUCCUUUUGGUCAGAAAGACCUCCCAAUUGUUUUGAUGAUUGUAGAGAUCUCAUUGAAGCCGAAUCCAAAGAUUUAUUGAAAGAUCUCAAAACUUUGAAACGUCAAGCUGUCAUGCGCAAAGUGAAUGAAAUCAUCAAAAGAGCAAGAUUGGCUAGAGUUCAUGCUUUGAUCAUCAGUCAUUUGAAGAAAGAAAUGCCAGCCAUGUUUGGAAAAAAGAAAAAACAAGAAUCUUUAUUGGCCAAUUUGGACCAAGAAUUUAUAAAAUUACAACAACGUUAUCAUAUUCCUGCUGGUGAUUUUCCUAAUGUGGACAAGUUUAGACAAGCUUUAUCAGUGUAUGAUAUGGAUAAAUUCAAGCCAAUGAAAGAAGAUCUUUUAUUAAAAGUGGAUGAGGCCUUGAAUGUAGAUUUGCCAAGUUUGAUCUCACAACUUCCAGUGGGUAAUCCUACCUUAAAUCAACAUGAAAGGAAUCCAUUUGACCUUACUAAUGAUGAACCCAAUGAAACACCAGUACCUAGCAGUAAUCCAUGGCAAAUCUCAGCAAACGACAAAGCUCAUUAUCAAACGAUGUUCUCUGAAAAUGUUGGUUCAGACGACAAGCUCUCUGGUACAGCAGCCAAGUCUCUUUUGAUGCAAUCUGGGUUACCCAAUGAUGUCUUGGCACAAAUAUGGCGACUAAGCGAUUUGAAUACUGAUGGUGCUUUGGAUGUACAUGAAUUUGCUAUUGCGAUGCAUUUGGCAAAAAUCGUCAGUCAAGAUGGUAUCUCUCUUCCAGAAAAACUCCCCUUUACUUUGUUACCUUGAUAGACUUACUUUUUAUUUAACUUUUACUUUUCUGUCAUCUAUUACUAUUUACUUUUUUAUUUAUUUAUUGUUUUGUCUAAUAAAGAAGGUGUUUUUAAUC